AUGGAUCCCCAUGAUCACACCACCAGCAAGCCAGACAAACCCAACACAUCCCAACUAGUCUCCAGCGCAAAGGUGAUGUCUGAAGCCGCCAAGUCCGCCCUCCACCGCCGCGAUAUUGAAGAGAUAGACAAGGCUAAAGUGGCCGGAGCAGCCGCCGACUUGCUCGGUGCUGCUUCUCAAUAUGCAAAGCUCGAAGAGAAGGGCUUGGGUAAGUACGUUGGGCAAGCUCAAGAUUAUCUCCAUAAAUAUCAACCAGCAUCAGACGAUGGACGUGGAUCCACUGAUCAAGAAGAAGAGCAGUCGUCAAGUUCUCAAGCUCAAAAUCGCUCGAAGGGAGGGUUUGGGAAGUACUUGAAGCUAGCUCAAGGCUUCUUGAAGAAGCUUUGA